UUGUAUUAAUCAGGUACUACUUUAAUCAAUGUUAAUGUGUUGAAUGUUGCGAAAUAAAAUUCACUACUGUUUGUGACGUCAUCAAACGACACGUCACCACACGGAAGAAGGAUUCGGUCCAACCUCCUCCUGCGAUACAAACGCCGUGGUCUGAUCAAAAUGGGUGGUUUCUUCUCCAGUAUCUUCUCGGGUUUGUUUGGUACCAGGGAGAUGAGAAUUUUGAUCCUGGGUUUGGACGGCGCAGGGAAAACAACCAUUUUGUAUCGGCUGCAGGUUGGAGAGGUUGUCACCACAAUUCCCACAAUCGGCUUCAACGUCGAAACUGUCACAUAUAAGAAUCUGAAGUUCCAGGUUUGGGAUCUGGGAGGACAGACAAGCAUCAGACCCUACUGGCGGUGUUACUACUCCAACACAGACGCGGUCAUCUACGUCGUUGACAGCAGUGACCGCGACCGAAUGGGCAUCUCAAAGUCUGAACUUGUGGCCAUGUUGGAGGAGGAGGAGCUGAAGAAGGCCAUCCUGGUGGUGUUCGCAAACAAACAAGACAUGGACCAGGCCAUGACGCCCGCUGAGGUGGCCAACGCUUUGGGUCUUCCGGCGCUCAAAGACAGGAAGUGGCAGAUCUUCAAGACAUCCGCCACCAAGGGUACAGGCCUGGAUGAAGCAAUGGAGUGGCUGGUGGAUUCGCUCAAGAGUCGGCAGUAAAAAAAAAAAAAAAAGACCCACCUGUUUUGUAAAUACUCCUGAACUUUGACCCUUCUGUAUGAAGCCUUGUGACUGACCUCUCCUCAGGUCUACUCUGGCCAAACCUUGGACUGAAAAGGCCUCGUUUAUCGUGUCUGUGUGACAAAUUCGGAGAACAAUGCUAGGCAGAUUACAAGUGAAUCUCUCUACAUUUAGUUAUUAAGAUUAAAUAAAUUUGCCUUUUUUCACUUCAUCAUUCAGAAGGGUCAAGUUAGUUGCGCCUAAAAAAAGAAAAAAAAAUCCAAAACCCCCUGCAAAGUUUGUUGCGACCCUGAAAUGUGCAAGAAAUGCCAUGAAGUUCCACUAGGAGGCAGUGUUCUACCGUAAAUAUAAUUGUAUUCAACACUAUCACGUCAGAGGCCAUCAAGUGUUAAUGCAGUGGUCCCCAAACCUUUUCUGCAGCGCUCCACCCCCUGUACCCCCCGGGACCGAAAGAGUUAAUAAAGAAACGUGCUCAUGGUAUCUCCUCACCCCCCAGUUUGAAAACCACUGUGUUAAUGCAACCUGUGCUGUUUUUUCUACAAUGAAUUUGCAUACUUUCCCCACCCACUUUAGUGUUUUUAGUAGUCCAAUCUGUUUUUCCAUUGAUUGCAGCUUUGUCACAGUAGUGAAUGUACAGAACACUAACUGUAUGCUCAAAGGUUUUAUGGUUGCAUAUUUAUAUCUGCUUGUACAGUGAUGAUGAUUCACAGUAAAGACCUGAUGUCACAUUUGUGUACAGACA